AUGCGGGAUUCUCUCAGCUUCCAUGGGGUAGUAUACUUCAAGGGCUCCUUACCAGCAGAGACCCACACGGAAACCGUUUCGAGACCUAUAUCAUCCGUUCUCUGUCUAUCUACAGCCUUUCUGGUGGUACAGGGCAUUCGCGGCAUCGACGAAGGAGGUCAUGUCUUGUCUUCGAGUACCAACUUUGCGCGCUCUGCGCUCGACUCUCAAGACUACACUAACUGUAUGCAACCUGCGGACCACCUCUUGAACUGCAUCUCAGAGUUGUGUUCGCGAAGGCGUGUGUUGACGGCGCAACGCGAUGAACUCCUCUUUACCAACCCUUUUUUUUGCCCCAGAUCCUUAAUGACUUGUGGUCAGCCAUUCCAGCAAGCAAGACAGGCGGGUAUAUGGAAGAAUCGUCCGCGUAUAGUGCUCAAGGACCAAUUUCUGAAGGAGCAUGGCUUGGACUUUGGCGGAGAAGGAAGCAGCAACAGAACCUGCCACGGAAGACUCCGAGACGCAGGAAGCGGACCGUCCAAAGAGCCCAAGCUUGCAAAUUGGUCCAGCGGUGACAGAGCGUGGUUAAACCGUCGGCGCUUUUUACCACGCUCUGUCACCGCUGAAAGCGCUCCGCCGAAGAAGCGAAAAAUCGAUGGCUAUGUUGAGUCCGCCCUAGUCGAGCCUGGAGCUGCUGACGACCUCGACGGUCAAUCUGUGAUGGCGGCGCGGCAAAAUGAGGGCCGAUCUGAGGAGCGACGCCAAUGGUCUCGGCCAGGAGGAUUCUCGAGACGGAAAACACCAGAUCUCUUGCCCAAUAAGGACCCGGCGCAUUCUACGGAAAUCCGUCCGCAAGGCGAGGGAAAAUGGGUCACCACUCGCAUGACAACUAUCGGAUCAGAUAUCGAACAAGCAGUCCUUACAUUCUGCCGCGAGAACGGCAUCGACGAGGACGCCGAUUCAAGGUUCGUGCCUAAUGCCGGCGAGCGCUUGUCAGAGUUAUAUGGGCGAGUGUUCGGGAAGGAGUGGCUCGAGAAGAUCACUCAGAUCCAGGCCGAAGGCCACCGUCUCAGACAGACCGACAUACUCACAGCUCUUUUGGGCGCUGCUGUUCAUGAAUGGGGCCUCCUCGCAGCAUUGCCGUGGGACCUCGGGAACCGUCUAAAAACUUCCUUGGGCUCGGAUCUGAAGUAUGUCCAAGCCGUGCUUGGCAACAUGGGCUAUGACUACGACAGAUGGCUCAAUUAUCUUGUCGGCAAGCAAAUCUGCAGCUCAGAGUUCCAAAAGGACGUGGUGGCGCCAUAUGCAAAACAACGCGUCCAGGAGACCGCCGCGGCCCUGCUUCCGCAUCACUACAAACUCAAGGCUGGCCAACCUGCACAACCUAUCGGCAGCAGAGACUGGAAGUUCUUCCUCGGGCGUGCCUUUCAGACGGCUAUAGUUGUUAAGCAGGUGCUCGGAUCCUCAAACUUGGGUCCCUUCCGGAUAGGAUUCGCUAAGCAUGGAGACGCCUUUGAUAUGCUCCGCCACGAGUCACUGCAUGAAUAUCCAGGAAAUAAGAAGGUGCUAUAUGGGGUGGUGCCUAGUGUCGUGCGGAAAACCGACCAAGGUGAUUUCUACUUCGCGAAAGGAGUGCUGACUACUGACAGUGUGGCUCCCAAGGGGCAGGCUUAUCUUCCUUUAGAGAGCUAUUGGAGCACGAGCACUUUAGGCAAUCUGCUGAAGAGCCACGGCACACAUAUUUGCCUUCCAUGGGCUGUUAUCGUCCAUCUGUCCAUUAUUCUGCUCGCUCUUCUAAACGCAGGAAGCACGAGCACUGAUCUGACGGCGCAGGAUUUGCCCAGGAGGCAAUCUGUUCAGAUGGCGCACAAGAGCCACAGCACCCAUAUUUGCCUUCCAUGGGCUGUAAUUGAUUGUCCAUAUGUCCAUUAUUCUGCUCGCUCUUCUAAAUCUGAAUCGAUUGUAGGAUUGAGUCUCGCGUACGCAUCAGGGUGUACCCAGAAAGAGUGUAGCACGGCGAAUGAGGUAUGUAGUGAAUAUUCUACAAGUCUUGAGGCGCGAGAUUGCCGCUCGGGUUGUUCAGUGUGGUGA